AUGUUUGAACGUUUGAGUCCAGGAGAUGCCAGGCGGCUCCGUAUCUGCGAGAGAACAAACCUGCUCUUGGUUGAAUUUAACACAGUCUCUUGUUCCAGCCGGAGUACCAUGGAGCCUGGAAUACCCUGGACUGGACAAAGCUACAGUUCCCCUUGGAUGUACCACAGCAUGGCUGGGCAGUACACGCUCAUGGAGAAGCAACUCGUAUCUGAUUAUUCUCCCUGCCGGCGGCGUCCUGGCCCCCGUGUAUUGCAGGAUUCAACCAACUGGCACGAUGGCCAGCUCCCAUCCCGUUGGGGCCUGCUGAAGCAGGAGGGCCAUUGGCCCUCAGGGAAAGAGCUAAGCAGGGCAGCAUCUUCCCCGAAGGCCCGAAGGCAGCAGAGCCCUACUUACGAGGGGCUACAUUCAGCCUGCAGGAGGGAUGCCACCUGGGGAGCCAGUCACACAGCCAAGGAAGGCUCAAGAGGCCUCGCUGGAGGUCCUGCUGCAAACUACAGGUGGAAUCCAGGAGUCCCUGCCAAGAACAAGGGUGAUCUCCCUGCCCGGGCACCCCCAAGCUAUGAAGCCCACAUGCUCUUACGCCUCCGGGCAGGGCAAGGCCCUCGCAAGGAAAACUGGCCAUGCCCCCCACCCUAUGUUGCUCCCCCAUCCUAUGAGGCACCCCACCGCACGGUGCAGCCCCAGCAACGGGCAUGCAAGGAAGCCCCAGCAGCGAAUCAGAUCCAAAGGGAAACCCCCAGGAAAUGCCGGGAGUUGGAGAGAGUAGAGGCCUGUGAGUCAGGGCCUUUGACUCACCGCCCUCCUGGGAGGAAGGCAGGGAGAUGCCAGGCUAAAAUGUCAGGUGGCUGGAGCUACCUCUCAGGAGCCAGGACGUGGGGGGGCCCAAGGAUGCAGUCGGAGCGAGAAGAGUCCUCCUAUGGCUUGGUGCCUGGCUGGAAUGUGAGCCCCCAAUACCAAAGCCACACCCUGCCUCGGGUCAAGAAGAGGAGUAAGGGGGCACCAGUGCCCUGCCUUGCCCUCCCGAGUGGUCCCUCUCAGCAUAUGCUCCCUGCGGGUUGGGGGUUUAGUCAUGCAGCUGGUUGGCCUGGCGCCCUGGAGAAUCGGAGCAGAGCAGCAGAUAAGCCUAGCAGAGACCUCUUGCCCAAGUGGAAGGAGCCGAGCCAGGCUAAGGAACCCGGAGGGAGCCAGGCCGCUUUUGCUAAGCCAACACCGCAGAGGCGGGGCGGUCUGUUUGUAAUUGACGCCACGUGUGUGGUGAUCCAAGCCCACUACAUCCUGCCCCCCCGGACGGAACACGUCCGCUACUUAGGCCAGGAGAGCCCACCUGAGAAGGUUGAAGCGGCUGCGCCCCCCUGCUCUCCGGCCCCUGCCUCUCUGGAGGAGAGAGCUGCUCGCAUCUUGGGCCUCUCCUUGAGUGAACUGGGAUUCCCAGAGGCAGGAGGGGAAAAUGCCUUGGGGCCAGGGAGCCUUGAACAUGGGGCUGGGGAGAGCGGUGCAGUAGAUGUGGGUGUACCUGGGGAUGGAACAGGGCAGCUUGGAGGGGCUCCUUCUGCCCCCGCCAGCCCCAGGAAACCCUUGCCAGCAACAACCCCCAGCAGUUUCGAGGUUGGGCUGCCAGAGCUUGGGCCAGGUUGCCCUGACAAGAGAGGGAUGGCAAUUCCUUGCCAGGAAGGGGGUUGCUUCCGGCAAAGUGAAGGACAGCCAGCGUUACCCACACAAAGCAGAUCCUACGUCUGGGAUCUGAAGGAAGCCAUGUCGCGGAUCCGCCGGCACACAGCACCGGACUCGGACUCAGAUGAGGAGAUGGAGAAAGAAUGCCAGCCAGCCUGUGGGAGACCGGUGCGGAGAGGGCAGCUGCAUGAAGGGGCUCUCUCCUACAGCAGCAGCAGCAGCAGCAGCCUUGACAGCAGCAGUUCCAGUGCCACGGUGGUGCCAGGGCCUGCCACGCCCUCCCCGAGCAAUGGACCCGAGGAGACGACUGGUUCAGAGCCAGCUGUGAGCAGGAGGGAGGCCAAGCCGGGCCCAACAGUGCCAAAAGAACCCUGA